UUAACAAAAGCACACUYGACUCGAGGGAUAAAUAGUAAGGGUUUAUCGUGUCAUAUAUAAACAUUUAGCAGUAUACCAGCGAAUCCUUUAGAUUCGUCAACAAAAUCUGCAAGCAAUUACAGGAGAUACUUCAUCUUAUUGUCCUCCGUGCCAAAACAAGCAAUUACAGGAGCAGAAGAAAAAACAAUAUUCGUUCAUUGUUCGACGCCAUGGGUGAUGGUGAAGGAGGAGGUGAGAAACAUCAGAAAUCGAAUGAUAGAAUAAUUUCUACUGAUCCUAACGAUUACACCAUCAUCAAAGAAGGAGAGGCUGAAAUCCUUAUGCACGCCAAAAACCAAGUCUUCUAUAACAAAACCCAGGUUAAUAAUAGAGACUUAUCCAUUGCUGUCCUGAGGACCUUUAUAUCUAAACGUAAGGAGGAACAUGAAGCAAUGUCCAGUAAAAGGGCCAAGGUACCACCAGAGGUGUCAGAGGAGGCUUCUGCUGGACAUGUAGAAGAAGAAGCAACUGAUGAUCCUGUUUCCAAUAGUGAGAAAUCAAAUGGAGAAUGUGAAGUUCUGGUGGAGCCACCUGAAGAUGAACCACAUGCCAGCCCAGAAGAAGCAGUCAAGCUUACAGAGGGAAAAGGUCGUGGUCAACUGAAGCCACCCAGAGUUCUUGAGGCUUUGGCUGCAUCUGGGUUAAGAUCUAUAAGAUAUGCACGUGAAGUAGAGGGAAUUGGUCAGGUUGUAGCUGUGGACAAUGACAAAGUGUCUGUUGAAGCUUGCAAGAGAAACAUAAGAUUCAAUGGUUCAGUGGCUUGUUCAAAGGUUGAAUCUCAUCUUGCUGAUGCUCGUGUUUUUAUGCUCACCCACCAGAAAGAAUUUGAUGUGGUUGAUCUUGAUCCUUAUGGCUCACCUUCUGUGUUCCUGGACUCUGCGGUUCAAACUGUUGUAGAUGGAGGCAUGUUGAUGUGCACAGCCACUGAUAUGGCAGUGCUCUGUGGGGGCAAUGGAGAGGUUUGCUAUUCCAAAUAUGGUUCGUAUCCAUUGAGAGGAAAGUAUUGCCAUGAAAUGGCUCUGAGGAUCCUACUUGCCUGCAUUGAGAGCCAUGCAAACCGCUAUAAGAGAUAUAUUGUUCCUGUCCUCUCUGUACAAAUGGAUUUCUAUGUUCGUGUCUUUGUGCGCAUAUUCACGUCUGCAAGUGCAAUGAAGAAUACCCCUCUUAAGCUCUCGUAUGUCUAUCAGUGUAUUGGGUGUGACUCUUUUCAUCUGCAGUGUCUUGGGAGGACAGUCACCAAGAAUAACAGCGUCAGAUAUCUACCGGGGUUUGGUCCUGCAGUUCCUCAAGAGUGCAGCGACUGUGGGAAGAAGUUCAACAUGGGUGGACCCAUAUGGUCCGCCCCCAUCCAUGAUCAAGAAUGGGUAACUUCUAUAUUGGCAAAUGUUAAAUCCAUGAAGGACCGCUAUCCUGCCUAUGAUCGAAUCUCUGCUGUACUGACGACAAUAUCUGAGGAGUUGCCUGAUGUUCCUCUCUUUGUGAGUCUGCACAGCCUCUGUGGGACACUGAAAUGCACAUCUCCUUCAGCAGUUGUGUUCCGUUCUGCAGUGAUUAAUGCAGGAUAUCGUAUCUCUGGAACUCAUGUGAAUCCAUUGGGCUUGAAAUCAGAUGCUCCCAUGGAUGUUAUUUGGGAUAUUAUGCGCUGCUGGGUCAAGAAUCAUCCAGUAAAAGCUCAGCCACCAGAUCAAUCAGGCACAGUGAUCCUUUCCAAGGAACCAACAUUGCAGGCCAAUUUUGCUCGAGCGGUUUCCUCCCUUAGCAAAGCCCAAGUCAAAAAAGUAGCACGUUUCCUUCCAAAUCCAGAAAGACACUGGGGACCAAAGCUUAGAGCAGGCCGUCAGAUCACAAGUAAGCAUGCAUCUUUGUUGGGUCCACAUGUAGUUAAUGGAAGUAAUAGUCAUGAAGAAAGAGAUGAGCAGGAACCUAAGCGUCAGAAAACAGAAGAUCAUACCUCUCCAUGUCAGGAAAGUUGAUAAUCGUUUAUUUGUUAUCAUGUGUUAUGUCAUCACAAAUCCGGGAUACCAGGCAAGUUGCUUGGCUUUGUUCCUUUAAUUUAUGGAAUACUGUUCAUUGGAAAGACCAAAGCCACCUUGUAUUAUCUAAAUGUUGAGGAAUUGCCUGGUGAAAGAUCAUUCAUGAGUGUCCUUGUGAAUUAGUGAUCAUUGCAGAAGAAUCAUAAGGGUUUUGUGAAAUUUUGAGUUAAAAGAGUUGUCUUGGGAUUUUAAGAAUUGUAUGUUCAUUUUCUCCAUUUCUAAAGCUGAAAAAAGAAAUGCAUGUGUGACCAAAUCCUGAUUUGGUUUCACUUUUCUAUCAGCUAUGGCGAUAAUAAUGAGGCUGAUUUGUUGAAAGGUUGCAAUAUAUUCAAUUUGAAGAUUAUUGUAAUGCUAUUUCAGACGGUCGGAGACAUAUGAGUUGGUUCAAACUCCUGUAAAUAUUUGAGGGAUACGCACUUAUUUGAUUGGUGCAUGCAAGCCCAAUUCAGUUUUGUACUAGAAAUUUACAGUGUCUUGUUUAGUUGCAAUGGGUGUAAACAUGAAUUUCAAAGGUUAAGCUUCC